AUGACCUCAAAGGGCUGCUUGAGUCAACCAUCAACUAGUGUGGCGCCACAGGGCACCACCAGCAGGCCAAAGACCCCACCAAGAGAGACUCAUGGGAAAACAACCAGCACGGUCUGCACAAAGCACCAACGGCAGUCAGCCCGAGCAGGGAAGCCUCACUUUAAAUGUAAAGAAUGUGGGAAAACCUUCAACCAGACCCUCCACCUGGUAGAGCACGAGAGGAUCCACACCGGAGAGAAGCCUCACAAGUGUGACAAGUGUGGGAAAUCCUUUCGGCACAGCUCCUACUUCUUCACGCAUUAUAGAAUCCACACGGGAGAGAGACCCUACAAGUGUAAGGUGUGUGGGAAAGCCUUCAAUAGCAGCUCUACCCUCAACAGUCACUAUAGGACCCACACUGGGGAGAAACCCUUUCGAUGUGAGGAGUGUGGGAAAACCUUCAAGCAGAGCACAAAACUUACACGUCACCGGCGGGUGCACACCGGGGAGAAGCCCUACCGGUGUGAAGAGUGCGAUAAGUGCUUUAGCCGCAGCUCCUCCUUGACAGAGCACAAGAGGAUCCACACUGGCGAGAAGCCAUAUCACUGCAAAGUGUGUGGGAAAGCCUUCCGGUGCAAUUCCCAUCUUUUCGAGCACCACCGGAUUCACCAGGAGGAGAAAGCCCACCAGUGUAAAGAGUGUGGCAAAGCCUUCCGCAGCGGCUCCCACCUGUCAGAACACAAGAAGGUUCACCAACCAUUGACCCGGGAGGUAUGCCAGCAUUGUGGGAGAGCCUUCACCAGGAAGACAGCCCUACUCACACACCAGAAAACCCAUGGGAAGGAUCGUAGCUGUCAGUGUGAGGGGUGCAGGAAGUCUCGGUGCCACGUGGGCAUUCACCGACAUCAGAGAAUGAACGCCAAAGACAAGCCGUGCAUGUGCCCUGACUGUGGGAGGUCUUUCAUCGACAACUUGACACUUACCAAACAUCGCCAAACCCACACUGUGGAGAGACAUUAUCCAUGCACCAAAUGUGAGAGGACCUUCGGGCAGCUCUCCUCUCUGGCGCUCCACCAGAAAAUGCACACCAGGAAGGGAGACUAA